CUAGACUCGAGGCGACGCCAUCCACUUAUCUAAGUAAACUUGGCGAUAUCCUUUACGUAACAUACCUAGCUUCUUGGGGCUCUGGAGCACCCGGCGAGUUGCCUUUUCUGUGGCUCCCCCCUCCCCCGUACUCGUAGUCUGAAGGCGACCGAGGUGGUAUCGGAGGGUUGGUAACGAGAUCUAGCAACGAUAGCUAAGCUAUACGACAAGCUAAACAAGCCGGAUGGUAACAGCAGAGACCGGACGAGAGUGCGGGCAGCAGCCUAUGCGAAGGCAGCUCUAAAUUAUACCCACAGACUUGCCUCCCCUCUCGUAUCUCCAGGGGUACCCUUACAGGGGAAUCAAUAACACCAGAAAAUGCUACAUAUAUCGCCUUUCCCACAUCUUCGGGACGAACGAUAUACCACAUCCUUUGCCUAGCAGGCCAGAUCGAAAUCUAGACCCAGCUUCGGAUUCCGCUACUCAGCUCGUCUCUCUCUCCUCGACCGCGAGCGUCAUACCGAGCACCUACUUCUCCCUGCUCCCUCCUCCACUUCACCCUCUUCCUCCACCUACCGACCUACGUACCUAACCCCGCCCGCCAUGUUCUCCGACAAAUCGGUCGAGGAUGUCAUCCUAGUGACGCAGCUGCCGCGGGGCGCCUGGUGCGAGGGGCUCGCGCUGCGGCCCAACGGCUCGGUCCUCAUCUCGCGGCUCGACAAGGCGGAGCUGUACACGUUCGACGCAGAGGACCCGGAGGCGGAGCCGCAGGUCGUGCACAGCUUCGACGCGGCGGACGCGAGCGGCGUCGUGGGCCUGUGCCGGAUGCCCGGCGAGCGGGACGAGUACCUGGCGCUGUCGAGCGUGGCGGACCUCGCGCAGGUGCGGUUCUCGCGGCCCAUCGUGUGGCGGGUGGCGCUGGGGCCGGACGGCGGCGCCGCGGGGGCGGCGCGCGUCACCAAGGUGGCCGAGAUCGCGGGCGCGGGCUUCUGCAUCGACGUGGUCGCGGCGUCGGAGCGGGUGGCGCUGGUGCCGGACUCGGGCGCGGGCUGCGUGUGGCGGCUGGACCUGGCCACGGGCGCGGUCGACCUGUUCGCGCGCGACGACGCCAUGCGCGUGGCCCCCGGCGACGGCAACUUCUUCGGCAUCAACCGCGCGCGCCUGACCGACGAGCACCUGUGGUUCACCAACACGAGCGCCGGCACGCUGUGCCGGGUGCCGGUGGCGGCGGUCGCGGACGACGCCGCCGUCGCGCUGCGCCCGGCCGGCCCCGUCGAGACGCUGGCCACGGGCCUCCGCCACUGCGACGGGCUGGCGCUGACGCGCGACCGCCGCACCGUCUACACCUGCUGCUACACCGACGGCCACAUCUGGCGCGUCAACCUCGGCGCCGAGCCGGGGGCAGCCGCCGCCGGCACCCCCAAGAUCGUCAUGCGCGACCUCGCGAGCCCGACGCUCAUCGACCUCCGCUACGUCGGCGACCGGCCCAAGGUCGUCGUCGUCUGCUGCGGCCGCGUCGAGAUGGCCUGGUUCCACCGCGCCGAGAGCAACCCCUGGAUCGACCUGGCGACCCUCACCGAGGCCAUCACGAUCACGGUCGAGGAGACGGUAGAGGAGACGGUCGAGGGAGCGUAGCCGGAAGGCAAGGGGAGAGACGAGGCGAAAACGGGGAGAGAAAAAAAGGGAAAAGUUUGAGCGUUGAUUUUUGGGAGAGGGCAGGUGGGUGGCAAGGGCUGGCUUUGUUGGUUCUCACGGGUUUGCUGGCGUUGGAUCUGGUUUGUCUGGUUGUUCAUCUCAUGCGGGCGAAAUUAAUGACAGCGUCCUAUACCCCCUUUUUCCCGCAGCAUGGCACAUCUCUACGUAAAGCUCUGUAUAAUUCUUGUUACAAGGCCCGGCGCCGUCUCAUCAGAGACUGAGAGAGAUAGAGAGAGGAAUAAAAAUAUCCCUCAUAUUCA